UUAGGACGCCAGCAGUCGCCACUGGUCCAACUUGUAACUCGCGGCUCGCUUAUACUUGUGAUUCAGUCUGCCAUGAUAGUCGUCAGUGUCGCGCGAGUGCGCCGUUGAACUUUUGCAUAUCGUUGACUGUGCCUUUUUGACGAAAGGGACGAUUCAAUGGGCUAAGCUGCUACACACUUUGACGGACACGUGUGUUCGAUUGUUUUGGAAUGACGGCGCUCCCGUGUUCGACUAUCUGAACCUAGAGAAUCUUCUACGAGUCGCACGCGUCUUCAGCCGAGUGAAUGGCGGCGGGUGGUGUGGUGGCGGUGUUGUGAUGUGUGUCUCGUGCCGCGUUGACUGUCAGUUUCGUCGCGUAUCGAAAAUCGCGUCGGUUUUUGAUCUCGUGUGACGCGGCGUUGUCGUUAUCGCGAUACGUACGAUCGUACGUGCGGAACGAUCAACGAGUAUGCACGCAGUUAAUUGUAAUACGCUUAUCAACAUUCGUUUUCCCCGAUCGUGCAGCAUUUGUUUAUGAGCAGAGGUUGCUCGAAGAGUGUGCCCGAGAGUAAGGUGUGGUGAAAAAUGACAUGUAGAUUCUCGUUGUUCGUUCGCUCUUGCCUCUCUUUCUCCUUCUCAACCUUUCCCCCUUCCUCUUUGUUCUAGGCACGCGUAUUCCUAUCCUUCCCUUCCGCCUUCACCCGUUUGGUAUACCGGCGAGAGUCGAAAGCCUCUCGCGAAGGUAAGAAUUCGCUGUCACGCGCGAUUGUCACGAUACUGUUCUCACACGGAACGAUGCAUUCCGGUGACGAAGUAACGGGGAGAGAAACAUCGCGAGGAUAAAACUAUCUUCGUGCAUGAAAAUUGUGUUCUCGAUCAAUUCCUCUUGUGUACGUACUCCGUGUGUGAAAGAACGUUUUCAAUUUAUUUUAGCUAAACGACAAAAAGAGAGGGAGUCAGUGUUUCGUUUCACAAAGAAAGAAAACAACGGAAGAAUCUCGUAGAAACGAUACAGUUUUGGAAUACGUUGUUGGGAUUAAAUGCCGGAAACGACCGGCCAUGAAGAAACAGUUCGCUCUGGUAGGUUCACGCCCCUUUGCGCGUCACGUAUCGCCGUAUCGUCGAUCAUCGACUGAAAAUUUACCAAUGUAUUCGGUGUUGCGUGAUCUGUGCCGCGUGAAAACCUAGUAUCGGAAGAAUCGCUUAUCGAGCGACGCGCCUCCGCGAGUGUUGGUGUUUCUUCCUGUCUGUUAGCGGUCCUGUGGUUUCCAUGCGGGGAUAGAUCGAAGCGUGCCUCGAGGGAAAAACGUGCCUCGUAUUGUAUCGUAAAAUAACGGGGCAUCGAAAGUGACGUAUCGUUCGCUCGGAAUUCAUUCCGUGACAGGGAAUUUCCUGUUACCGAUAUUUGCGCUCACUUGGCGCGUACGCGACGUUGCGCGAGCGUGCACGCCCUUCCCGCCUGGCCUCCCUCCCCUCGCCCUAGUCUACGCAGCGAUCGUCGUCCACAGCCGUCUCUACAGGGGAGCGAUUUCGUCGGCCGUGUUGUUUAGUGUUUGCACGUAACGGCGGUGUGACCGAGGGAGCACACACAUCAGUCGUAUCGAUGGACAGUGUCGCGUUAUGCGUGCGGGCCAGUCCGAAAUACGCGACACCGCGUGAAACUGUACACGCGCCGGCUAUCAUCAACAGAGAAGAGAUAUCCUGCGUUAUCUCUUUCUCACGUUUGAGUGGAGAACCGUGCUGUGAAUGAGAAGAUGUUCAACUUUAUGAAGAAGGCUACGGAGAAGGACGACAAGGAGAAGCGGAAGCGCGAGAAGAAGGAACGAAAAGAUGUCAAGAAACGAGAUCGAAGUAGUAUGUCCGCUGAGGAAUUACUACGUUUGGAUGAAGUUCGGAGAUCGUUGAAGAUUCCUGGUCGCCGGAAGGAGAAGGAGAAGUUACCGAGCGGUAUCACUGCAGACUAUAGCGCGUCGUUUUUCGCUUAUUUGGACCGCGAUAUUCUGGAAAAUUCGCAAAACUCGUCCAGCUCGGGGCAAUGUGUUCGCACUGGUAAUAACUGGAAUACCAGGACGCCGGACGGUUUGACGCAGAGUGACUCCUCCGAAACUUCACUCACCUCGCUGACAAUCACCACCGCUACGUCCUCGGUCACGCCGACCAACGUGUCUGGACAAUCGGGGAAGAAUUUGCCACCACUGCCACCGAAGCCUCCGAAGCGAGGCAUUCUCAAGGGACCACGUCUUACUGUUAGUAAUACCGUGAACUCGUUGUCGGAGGAAAGCCAUCUGCCAAACGGAAACGAGACUAAUUACCAAGAGGCCAGCAAUUUACUGGUUAGGAACACGUUGCAGAACGAGGUGAUCGCGUACCAGAACGUGCCCGCGCAUUUGUCAGGAUUUGGUAACGCUGUUAACAAGGAGGAAGCUUGCAGCGAGGAGGAAACGCAGACGGGGCAAAGCGCGUGGCAAGUAUCGCCUCAGCGAGCAGCUCAACAAACUCAGCAGCAGCAGCAGCAUCAGCAACAACACCAGCAACAACAGCAUCAUCAUCAUCACCAAGGCGACACCAAGUUGCUGCAGGUGGUGACUAGCGCGAGCCCGUCCGCAGAUUCUCUAACAGACACCACGAAUUCCAGCUUUGCAACACCACCUUUCAGUCUGUCGCCUGUAGGAGAAUCCCAAGGCUUGUCGAGGUGGAGAUCCUCGGCAUCCUUCGAAGAACAGGGCGUCGAGUUGCAGUUACCAGAGAUCGUCCCUCUGGAACUGCCCGAACCUCGCGAGCUUACGAUCCAAAGACAACCACCGCCUCGAAACGACUUUGGUUUCUCACUACGUCGAGCUGUGAUCGUAGAACGAGCUGCAAACGGUGUCACGCAGAUGAGACCUGUGAUCUUUGCUGAACCAGGCUCAUUGAUACAACAUAACAACGACACCGGUUUACUGCCAGGCGACAGGCUGAUCGAAGUCAAUGGAAUUAACGUGGAUGACAAAUCGCGGGAGGAAAUUAUCGAUCUCAUUAAAGGCUCCGUUAACAGUGUCACCGUAAAGGUGCAGCCAGUUGCGGAAUUAUCGGAAUUAUCAAGACGCGGUAGUAGCGACGGACGUCAGGUCGAACUUGCGGCUGCGAAUAUCCGUGGCGGUACACUUCGACGAUCUGGUAGUUUGCGGUUUCAUCAAAACAUGGCACGGUCCGAGGAGCAUCUGGCGCAAGAACAGGCAUGGCUGAGUUCCGAAAGAAUUUGGCUAUUACAUCGAGGUGGAUUUACUCCUGCAACGAAGUGUGGUCCGGCAGAUCCGGACACGGGAAAGCUAAGGAUUCGUUUAACCACUUCCGGCGAGGAACUUCUUGUCGACGAAGAGGAUGUUGAAAAGGCCAAUCCCCCCCAGUUUGACAAGGCCGAGGAGCUCUCGCAAUUACGUUUUCUCAAUGAAUCUUCUGUUCUCCACUCACUGAGACAACGUUACGCCAGUAAUUUAAUACACACUUACGCGGGAGAUAGCAUGAUCAUUAUCAAUCCGGUGGCGCCAUUGGCCAUUUACUCAGAAAAGGUAGCACAUAUGUUUAGAGGAUGCAAAAGCGAGGAUAUGCCACCCCAUAUUUACGCGAUGGCGCAAGCAGCUUACAGAGGGAUGUUAGCAACUCGAAGAGAUCAUUCCUUAGUUUUCCUUGGCCGUAGUGGAUCAGGCAAAACAACAAACUUUAAACAUGCUCUUCAUUAUCUUGUGUUGGCUGCAGGCACAGUUAACAAGAUCUUGACUAUUGAGAAACUCAACGCCCUAUUCACAGUCCUGGAAGCGUUUGGAAACAGUAGAACACACAUGAAUUCCAAUGCUACGCGUUUUACACAGCUCUUCAGUCUGGACUUUGAUCAAUCAGGGCAAAUAGCGUCGGCUUCUUUGCAGGUCCUACUUUUGGAGAAGUCGAGGAUAGGCAGAAGAGCGAAUGGCGAUCCAACUUUUCAUGCGAUUUAUCGUUUACUGGCAGGCGCGGAGGGUGCACUUAGAAAGGAAUUGCACUUGACAAAUCUAGUCGCAGAGAACAAUGCGUUCAUUACACCUUUGCAGAAGCACGAGGACAAGCAGCGUGCUAUGGUCGAGUUUAAUCGAAUCGUGGCCGCUUUUAGGAUUCUUGGUGUUUCCGAGGCGGACGAGAAAGUCAUUUGGCUGGUCCUCGCUGGCAUAUAUCAUCUGAGCUGUGCUGGUGCGGUUAAAGCUGGCACCAGUUCGCAAAGUCGAUGGCAGUUCGCAAGAGUCGAAUGUGCAGAGAAAGCUGCAACGUUAUUGGGUACUACCGUUGAGGAAUUGAGUAGAAUAGUGUUCUCUUCCAACGGAGGUGGUGCUGGCACACCAAGUACUCCGAGACCUGCUUUACGUACACCGAGUCCUACGGAACAAAGCAAAGAUAUUAUGGGACUAGAUGCUUUAGAAGGUCUUUUGAUUGGACUUUAUUCCGAAGUGUUCCAUUGUGUAGCUGCUCUCAUCAAUCGAUCCAUAUCAUCCUCUGUGCACACAGUGUCGUCUUUGUUAUUGUGUGACUCGCCAGGUUUUCAGAAUCCAGCCUCCUGUGGUCGACAAACUGGAGCCUGUUUUGAAGAUUUGUGUCACAAUUACUUGCAGGAAAGGCUGCAGCUGCUGUUUCAUCAUACGACACUGGUGGCACCGAAGGACAGGUACGUCCAAGAAGGAAUUGACGUAGAUUACGAAGAUGACUGCGACGAAGAUGGAAUUGGAUCACCUCAGGGUUUGAUUUCGCUGUUAGAUCGUGGAAGUUCGCAAGGUGCGACGAUGUUGCGAACUAGCCAAAGUGACCUUAGUGGAAGUAGACAAAUGGAACGAAAGGGUCUUCUGUGGCUGUUAGACGAAGAAACAGUAUGUCCUGGUGGUAGCGACGAAACAUUUUUAGAUCGAUUGUUUUCUCAUUACGGAGAUAGAGAUCAUCAAAUAUUGCUAAGAAAAGCACCUGGGAACAAUCAGUUUGUCUUACAACAUUUGUUGGGUACUAAUCCCGUACUUUAUACAGCAACAGGCUGGCUGAAGGCAACAAGAGAAAAUCCUGUUACUAAAAGUGCCAUUACGAUACUUCAAGAAAGUACAAGGGAAGAUGUGAAUAUGCUGUUUGUUAGUGCACGUGGAGCCGGAGUUUCUGGAACUUUAUGCAGUUCCAUGCCUGGCUUGGAAGGUUCACAAUCUUUAAGACGAGCUUCUAGUAUACGACGAACAUUCACUGCCGUUAAAAGAAAGAAUAUAUGUCUUCAAGUUAAAUUCACUGUUGACGGACUGAUUGAAACUUUGCGGAGAACACGAGUUAAAUUUGUCCAUUGUAUACUACCGCAACACAAUGCUGGGUGUACUGACAAUAAGAGUUUAUUGUCAGUAAAGUCAAAUCAAAGUGAGGAUAGUGUUAUUAAUGUACCGCUUUUGCGAUCACAGAUUCGUGGAAGCCAAAUAAUUGAUGCGGUUCGAUUACAUAAAGUGGGAUUCCCUAAGCAUAUAGCUUUAGGUGAAUUCAGAAGACGAUUCGGUUUAUUGUCAAGUGAUGUGAACACACGACCAGGCAGUCCUGUAGCUGAUGAACGUCGUGCUGUAGAAGAUAUGAUGCUCACCAUUGAUGUCGAUCCAGCUUUGUAUCGAGUUGGACAAAGUCAGAUAUUUUUCAGAUCAGGUACCUUGGAGCAACUCGAAGCCCAGAGAGACGAGAAGCUAACUGGACACAUUAUUCUUCUUCAAGCAAGAUGUAGGGGUUAUCUGGCACGUCGUAAACUCAACACUUUGAAACUGCAAGAUCUUGCGGUCAGAUGCAUACAGAGGAAUGUUAGGAAGUGGAUGUCCGUAAGAGAAUGGCCCUGGUGGAGAUUAUACGUGAAAGUUGCACCUCUGUUGAACGUUCAUCGGACAGAGGAUCAAUUGAAGGCGAAGACGGAGGAACUCGAGGUUCUCCGAGCAAAGGUGGAGAGGUUGGAACAGGAGCGGAAUCAUUUGAAACACGAUAAUGAUAGAUUGGAAGCUAAGCUGAGCGAAAUGACCGCCGAUUUUGCGGAGGAACACUCGACAUCGACGUUGGCGGCUGAAAGGAUCGAUGCUGAAACGUCGGAACGUCUGCGACUUGAAAGAGAACUACAAGAUGUGACAGAGGCAAAUAAGAAUCUACAGCAAACGACCGAACGUCUGGAGAUGGAGCUUUUGUAUGCAAGGGCCGCAGACUUAAAUGGUGUUGCAUCUGACGCUGAAGAUGGUGAGGACGGCGGUGUUUAUAAGCAAAGAUACGAACAUGCCAUAAGGGAACUCGAGUUCACGAAGAGGAAGAUGGCCCAGCAGCACGAAGAUGACCUCGAACAAUUGGUUGGACUUAAGAAGCAAUUGGAGAAAAAGUUAGCUGAUGCUUACGAGGAAGUCGAGGAGCAACGUCAGGUUGUUGGACAAUGGAAAAGACGUGUGCAAAAACUGAAUGGCGAAAUGCACGAUUUGAGACUACUGCUAGAAGAACAGACGGCUAGGAAUAAUCUUCUAGAAAAGAAACAGCGCAAAUUCGAUUCGGAAACUCAGAAUUUGAUGAACGAUCUACGGCAAGAGAAAGCGCAGCGUGAAAGAUUGGCCAGAGAGAAAGAAAUCGCGAUCGCGGAAAAGUUUACCAUAGAACAAAAUCUGAGCGAUGCAAGACUGGAAAUUGAAUUAAAGGAAGAAAGACUACGGACGCUGAGCCAAGAGCUUGAGGAGUUAACGUUUGGUGGCAAAACGGAGGAGGAAGUAGCACAGUUGAAGAAAGCAAAGCACGAACUGGAAAAAAGAGCAAAGGAUCAAGAAGAAGAGCUGGACGACCUCGCUGGACAAGUUCAGUUGCUCGAGCAGGCAAAAUUGAGACUCGAGAUGAGUAUUGAACAACAACGCAAGGAGAUACGCAAAGAGAUGCAACAGAGGGACGAAGAAUUAGAAGAUGUACGCGGUAACGCUCUGAAAAAGGUGAAAGCUCUAGAAUCGCAGCUAGAGAACGAACACGAGGAGAGGACGAUAUUGCUUCGAGAGAAACAUGAACUGGAACGUCGUUUGGUAGCCAUCGAGGAACAAGAUCGUGCUGAACGUGCUGCAGAAGCUGAUACCAUGCAUAGGCUAAAGAGAGAUUUAAAGAGAACCAAAGCAUUAUUAAGAGACGCUCAAACGAUGCUGGAGAGAUCAAAAGGCGAUUCGACGGGUAAAGCAGCUUUGCGACAACUGAAGAAUCAAUUGGAGGAUGCAGAAUGUGCUAGAGCAGUUGCAGUUAAGGCGAAACAAGCACUAGAGCAAGAGCUAAACGAGACGCAGGCAUCGUUAGAGGAAGCACUGCGACAACGUUCUGAAGCAGAAGACCGUGCUAACGUAGCUAAUCGUGAGCGAACUGAGUUAUUGUCGCAAUUGGAAGAGAACGAAGAGGAAUUAGCAGAAGUAUUGAAAAAGUAUCGGGCGGCUGUGCAGCAAGUAUCGGCGGAACAAGGUCAGUUGCAGGAAGCGCAAGUGCAAAUUGCUGCACUGGAGGCAGAAAAAUCUUCGUUGAAGGAUCAACUUUCAGAGUUAACGCAACGACUUGAAUCCGUUGAGCAACUUGGUGAUCCGACUGCGAACAGUCUUGCCACACGACGACUCGAGUUUCGUGCUAAAGAGCUCGAAAGUAAGCUCGAAUUAGAGCAAACGACAAGAGCACGUUUGGAAACUCAAAUAGCAAGACUGAAAGAAAACGUAGAUAAACUACAAACUGAGACUGCGUUACUUCGAACGAAAGAACAGAGUGCCCAAGAUGCUUCGAGAAGAUUGCAAAGAUCGUUACGUGAAUCGAGAGAUGAGGCCAGUUCGGCACUGGCACGUGAACAAGAGUCCACGCGUGCUCGUCGCGAAUUGGAAAAAUCUCUUGAGGCUGCUGAAGCGGAGACCAAAGUCGCUAGAGAUGAUCUCAGAUUGGCGCUUCAACGAAUUGAUGAUCUACAGAGCGCCAUACAAGGUGAACUCGAUUUAGAUUGCAGCGAGGAGGGGACAACCGAAAAUAGCGACAGUGAUUGAUGUGAGCAGUUGUCGGAUCUUGAAUCCGACGAAAACAAAGAUAAGGAACCGACUGAUCAACGUAUAGCCGAAAGAAUUACUGAUGAAUCGCCAGUCGUCGAGUCAUCGAUGGAUACUUGUUGAUUCACAAGGCUGAAAGAAGGACAACAAAUAUUAAGAAACAUCAAGAAGAAUGAUAUUACAAGAAAAAAGAAGACAUAUUAGAUCAAAAUUGCUAGACUUAGUUUCUUACUACCAACGUCGUCACCACUGUCGGGUGAAUUCAACAUUAACGACAGCGAAUCAAAAUUGAUGGAGAAAAAUCAAAUCAUUCAAUUCUAUAUGUAGGGAUUCUAUCACUAGGAUAAAAUUUUUAAACACAAAAUGACGAGUAACGAGUGAAAUCCGUCAAUUUGUACGAUUACAGUUAGCAUAAUUUUACUCGUGACUCUUUUCUCAACAUAAUCGAAAAGAUGACAAGUUCUUAGGUGGUGCUAAUUUCGAAUCUCAGAAAACAUGUUGAUGUCGUGGCUAUUCAUAUUCUGCUUCUUACUACGUGUUUUUGGUGCUAUAUUAUCCGACAGUAGAUUUUGUCGACGGAUUAAUUGUUGUUCCAGUCUUCCAAAAGAAAAAGUCGAGCUUCUCGAUGCAGUGGUGUCGAGAUGUUAAAAUACGUCCAUGUGCACAAUUAUCAAACGGUUGCCUAUCUAACAGCCCAUAAGUUCGUGUCAUGGAGAACGAAAUAUCAAAGCCUUACUUCUUCAAAAAUGAAAAGCAUUUUACGCUUUUUUAACACUUUGCUAUACGUAGCCAACGUUGGCUAUACAGUUUGUAUUAUAAAACGCGUGCUGCGACUCAGUUUUUUGGUUUCUCAUAUAAGAAUUCAUAUGUAACUUAUUGCUUUGUAAAAUGCAGAUAUCUUAUUUAAUUAA